AUGGAUACACUACCACAUCAUAUAUUGAGGAUUGUGAUAGAGGCAUUGGCUAAUGAACGUGACAAUGCUUCAUGUGCCUUGGAUGUGCUGGCACUCUGUCUAACAUGCAAGACAAUGUUCACAUUGCUAUUGAAUAACAACUCACCCAAAUACUUUAUGCGACUUACCAACUGUAUCAACAACAACAACAACAAAGACAACAAUGACAACAACAAAGACAACAACAAUGAUAAUAACAACAACAAUGAAAAGAUUGACAAUGUACUUUUAACAUUGAUCAGAAAGUCAUCGACUAAAGCAUUGGCAUUGGAUGAUCGAUACAAUGAUGAUAUUACCAAGCUAUCACUACCAUCAUCACUCAGAACGUUGGUAUUGGGCAAUAUGUUCAACCAGUACAUCGCACCUGGACAGCUGCCCGAGUCAUUGACAAGCCUCACCUUUGGUCAUGACUUUAAUCAAUCGAUUGCAAAGCCACCCUCGAUCUUUGGCAUUGUGAAGAGCUUAAUAUUAGUUCCCGACCCUGACACGCCCACACCAUGGCAUGGAGCGCUGCCCCAGUCCCUCUUGAAGUUGGUCUUUGGCACAAACUAUACCCUGCCGCUAGAGGCUGGCACUCUCCCGCCCUCGCUCUUAGACCUGACGCUCGGCCACAACUUCAAUCUCCGAAUUGGACCCGGUGUGUUGCCUGUGACCCUACAGCGUUUGAUAUUCCCAUCGACAUAUGACAAGGCGUUGCCAUUGAGGCCCUUGAAGUCACUCACAGAGCUUGCUCCCAGGAAAGCUUUAAAGACUCCCAAAGUCAACACGGUCACUGGUAUCUUGACACAGUAUGCCGUUGGCAUCUACGAGGCGAUGAGGUCGGACUUUGACCUGUACCCUGUUGGCUCGCUCCCAUCAUCGCUCACCAACCUCAAGUUCAACGACUGCUUCAACGACCCAUUGGCACCAGGCACCCUGCCUCAGUCUCUCGUGAGGUUGGUCUUUGGCAAGGAAUACAAGGAGGUGAUCAAAGUUGGCUCGUUGCCAAACUCAAUCACUGAGUUGGUCUUUGGCGAUCGAUUCAACAGGACCAUCUUGCCUGGAUCGCUGCCCACCUCCCUCAAGACCCUUGUCUUUGGAAUCAAUUAUAACAAAGCGAUUGUCGUGGGAGGCUUGCCAGACUCAAUCACCAGUCUCUCCUUUGGACAUUUUUUCAAUCAAGAGAUCGCUCCUCGUACCCUGCCCAGGUCACUGACGGCACUUCGUCUUGGAAUUAAUUUUAACGUGACGAUUGAGCCAGGAGUGCUACCAAACAACCUUGAGCAUAUGACCCAUGGUGGCUCAGUGGAGUCCAUCCCCAUUGGAUCGCUUCCAGAGUCCUUGAAAUCAUUGGUUUUAGGUAGCAGGUUCAACCUGCCAAUUGAGCCCGGAAUGAUUCCUGGAUCCCUACAAUCACUGGUCUUUGGCAGCAACUUCAACAGCACCAUUGAGCCCGGUGCCUUGCCAAACUCAAUCACCUAUUUAGUCUUUGGCAAGCAGUACUCAAAUGUUAUCUCGACAGAAUGGUUGCCAGAGUCGCUGAUUGACCUCAUUCUACAAGCGCCAAGCACUGAUAACGUCCAAUUCCCACACAAGCUCACAAUGUUGACUGUGAGCACGGUACAGAGUCUUAACAAUUACCUGGCGCAAUACAAUCCCAGCAGCCACUCGAUCGAAACAAUCACAGUGGAGUUAGAUAGCAUCAAACCGAUGUUCACAGCAUCAACAAUCAAACUCAAAAAACUACUACUUAUUGUGCCAGAGGUAUAUAACAAUAUGCAAGAACUCUUCACUCUGUUGGUAGCCUUCUACCCCAACGUGGACAAGUUCGAGAUAUACUGCUUUGCCGAAGAUGUAACACCCAACAAUCUUCAAGAGUUCAACUUGACCCAUUCCAUCACCCUGAAGGGCAAGUGGGUACAGCGUACAGACAGCAGCCUCCAAGAGUCCAAAGGCAUGGUUCGUCCACUUACCUGCUACAUGUCGCCAGGUAUCAACAGUCAACCAUCCAAAUAA